AUGCAGCAUCUUUGGAAAAUAAUAUUUGUUAUCUCCCAGAGCAUACUUCCAAUCAUUUUAUUCAUGGAGUUAAUAAUUGGAAUUAUAGGAAAUGGGUUCUUAGCCCUCAUCCACUAUAUGAACUGGGUUAAGAGAAAGAAAAUGUCAUUACGUAGUCAAAUCCUCACUGCUUUGUCAAUCUCCAGAGUUUUUUAUCUCAGCUUGUUAUUUAUAAGUUUAGUCAUCUCCUUUUCUUAUCCAGAUUUAACUAUGAAUUCAAGCAUGAUACAAGUCAUUAAUAAUGUUUGGCUUAUAGGCAACCAUUUCAGCAUCUGGCUUGCUACUUGCCUCAGUAUCCUUUAUUUUCUCAAGAUAGCCAAUUUUUCUAACUCUCUUUUUCUUUAUCUAAAGUGGAGAGUUGAAAAAGUAGUUUCAGUUACACUGUUGGUGUCACUGCUCCUCCUGAUUUUAAAUAUUGUACUAACUAAUGUGGAAAUUAACUUAUGCAUAAAUGAAUAUCAAAGAAACAUAUCAUGCAGCUUUAGUUCUCACUACCGUGAAAAGUGUCAAAUGAAUGUCUUAAGCCUUUACAUUAUUUUCUUGUCUGUACCCUUUGUUUUGUCCAUGUCAACGAUUUUUCUACUCACCUUCUCCCUAUGGACACAUCACAAGAGGAUGCAGCAGCAUGUUCAGGGAUACAGAGAUGCCAGAACCAUGGCCCACUUCAAAGCGUUGCGAACCAUGAUUGCCUUUCUCCUACUAUACUCCAUUUUUAUUCUGUCUUUCUUAAUACAAAUUUGUAACUAUAAAUUACUGAAAAAACAUCUUUUCAUUGUAUUUUGCCAGGUUGUAUAUAUAGCUUUUCAUUCAUUCCAUUCAUAUAUUUUGAUUGUAGGAGACCUGAAGCUGAGACAGGCCUGUCUUUUGGUAUUGUCAUGGCUUAAAUUCAGGCCAAAUUAUGCAGAAGCUAGAUCUCUAAAAUACUAUAGAUUGUGUUGUAUAUUUUAG